AUGGUGACCCUCGCACCCCCUUCUUUGAGGGUUGCUCCCCCUCCCCCCUUUUGCCCUCUGUUGCCUCUGCUGCUUCGGUCGACCUCGUUGGCACCAAGUCGGUCGGCGCUGCAUCUGCCCCUAGCGGGUGACGCCGCAACGGCAAGGGCAAAGGGGGUAAGGGCACUGAAGGAGCUGGCGGGGGCGAUGGAGGAGGCAAUGGAGGUGGCAGAGGGGGUGGGGGUGGCGGUGGGAGUGGUGGCGGGGGUGGGGGCUUCGGUGGCGGCGGUGGAGGCAGAGGCGGUGGCGGCAGUGGCGGUGGGAGCGGAGGAGGCGGCAGUGGCGGCGAUGGCGUCGGCGGCGGUGGAGCUGGUCCGGGUGGCUCUGUGCAGCGGGGCAGCUUUGCGGGGUGAGGGUGCUAGUCCCUGUGCCUACGUCCUACGUACCGGCGACUGCACUGGUGAGCCGUGCGGUGGCCCGCACACCACCCAAUGUUGCUUCCGCCGCCUGACGGACACCUGGCCUCUCCAGUUCCCUGACGCCUUUGAGAUCCCUCGCUGGGGUGAGCUGCUUAAGUCGGGGAUUGCUAUCUUUGACCUUGAUUAUGAUGCUAUUCUUGCUGCCAUGUAUGUUGUGUCUACUAGUGAUGAGGGUGACUGCUACCUGUCUGUUCCGCCCGACCCGGGCAUUGAGGCUGCUGCUCUAGGUGCUGGUGAGGCAGCUGCUCUAGGUGCUAGUGCGUCUGCUGCCCCAGGUGCUGGUGAGUCUGCUCUCUCAGUUGCCACGUCAGCUCAGGCCUUACACACCUUCACCCUUAACUCGGGUGCUUCCCACUCCUUCUUUCGAGACCGCACCACACUCACGCCGCUUAGUCGGCCGGUUGCGGUCUCCCUGGCAGACCCCUCUUGGGUUCCUGUCCUUGCCAACUUCUCCACUGUCUUACCGUGUCCGGCGGCCCCUUCUGGCACCCUGUCAGGUCUUUACCUCCCCUCGUUCUCUACGAACUUGGUGAGUGGUGCUGAUCUACAGGAUGGGGGGGUUGACCAGUUCACUCCUGCGAGUCAGCGAGUGACCCGCUGCAUGUUUGCUAGGACGGGCCGACACUUGGCCACGUUUACCCGUCAGCCGGGGUCGAGCCUCUACAUACUGACUACUGAGUCUCCUCUGGUUGAUGCGUCUGGUCAGGUAGCUGCGUCAGGUCAGGUGUUUGCUGCAGCGUCCAGGUCUGGUCCUGAGUCUGCCCCCUGCUCGUGUCAUCUCCUAUCUCACGAGACUCUCCUCUAG